CUCCUCGCCCCUCCUCCGCCGCUCGGAGACAGCUCUGCGUCUGUGUGCGUCUGUGUGCGUCUGUGUGCGUGUCUCCACAGCUAGGCCAGAGAGAUGGCGGCGCCCGUCCUGAGAGUGUCCACCCCUCGGUGGGAAAGAAUAGCCAGGCUUCUCGUAUGCUUAAUAGGGAUCCUGCUGUCUCUAUACGCCUUUCACGUGGAAAGAGAAAAGGCCCAGGAUCCCAGUUAUACGGCGAUGUGCGACCUGAGCAGCUCGGUCAGCUGCUCCAAAGUGUUCAGCUCAAGGUGGGGCCGUGGUUUUGGACUGUUGGGUUCCAUUUUUGGAAAUGAUAGUGCACUGAACCAACCAAACAGUGUCUACGGUGUGGUCUUUUAUGCUUUUCAACUCUUACUAGGACUAACUGUGAGCGCAAUGGCCGCCCUGUUUCUCAUGACGACCUCCAUCUUGUCAGUGAUGGGCUCUCUCUACUUGGGCUACAUCCUCUACUUUGUCCUAAAGGACUUCUGCAUCAUCUGCAUUACCACAUAUGCCCUGAACUUCAUUCUCUUUAUUCUCAACUAUAAGCGACUAGUUUACUUGAAUGAGGCCUGGAAGCAGCAACUCCAGAUGAAGCAGGACUAAGCUGUGGAAAAAUGGCAAGAAAACAAAACACAAAAAUUGAGACAAAAAAGAAAUGUGACCUCUGAACAUUUGACUUGCCACCAGGAGACCUUGCUUCCAAAUGUUUAUUCUGCUGUGUGUUCAAACAAAAAAUGAAGAAAUUUAACUGGGCCUGACACCUCCAUGUUGAUUUUGAACGCUGAAGGAUUACAAAGUUUAAGAAUUCUGUCUUUUAAAUUUCCUUUCCCAUGGUUUAACGUUGUACUCUCAGACGGGAUGGCUAUGUGGUUCUGGGGGAAUCGUGUCAACCCGAGAAAAGCAGAGGCACAUUAAAGGAUCAAUGGAAGACGGAUCUCACUGAACAAAAAGGAUCACAAAAUGGAAGAAAGUGGGACGUUGCGUUUAAUGGGGAGCACUUGAAAUGCUAAAACUGCACAGUGGGUCUACACUAAAAGUAAGGAAGGAUUGGCAGGUCCCUGAUGUAGAGCUCAAUAGGCUAAGAAACAGUUUUGCAAAUGUGUGGCAUGGUAUGGGGGCAAAACCAAUAACAUUAAAAGUAGGCUUUUUCAUGUUUACACUCAUAAUGAGGAGGACCACUAAACAAUAAUGUGAUAUAUUGUCUUUAGAUCAUUUAGUUUUAUUUUGCGUUAUUGUAAAUAGCUAAUGAGCAAUAUUCCAGCCUAGAUUGUACUUUAUCUAGUUGGCACAGACGUUUAAUGAAUUUCAAUCUGGAACAAAAAUCACUCAAGGCAAUGGUCAGGUGAAUAAGUCUAGAAAUGAGCAACGGUACUUCUGUAAACCCGGUCAGGCAGUUCAAAGUAGCGUAGACUUCAGCAGCAUGGAUAUCAUUGGAGCCAGUGAACAGAUUUCUGGUUUUGUUUGGCCAUGUGAAAACCAUUCCUGACCACCUCACAUGUGGGAUCCAAGACGUAUGUGCCUAAAGGAGUCAAAAACAGUUACUUUUUUUAUUUCAGAGUUGUGGGUGAGGUGAGGGCAUGUCAUGUUAACACGUUUUAUUCCUUUUUGUCCAAGGCUUUAUUUUUUUGUCUUUGUAAAUGACAGUACCAGUAAAGUGUUCCCUCCUUCCUAGCAGAGUAUAUGAGGUAGCAAAGGCUGCUACACUGUGAUGUCUUCUAAAGAGUGACACGUUGGCAGGGGCAUCUCCAAUAUUUAUGUUUUGCUUAUCUGGCUAGUCACUGUCAUGGCCAGUGUACAUGUGAUGUCAAUCAACGGUUACAGUGAUCUUGUAUGGCAGGAGUUCAUUGUGGGAACAAAACUAAUGCAACAUAUGAGUUAAAAGGGUCUUAUUAAUAUUCACACAAAGGUGUCCAGGUGGUUUUGGUGGUUUUCAGAUCCUAGAAUGUGAUAAUAUACUCCCAAGAGCCAGGUUUCCCUAUUGAUUACACUGUACUUUCCUGUGAAAUAUUCAAUUGGUAAAUUCACAAAUGUUGAACCUAAUUGUUUCUAUUAGUAAAUGGACCCUAGAGCCUGCCAUAUAAUAAAAAAAACUUAAUUUCAGCAAUAUCCAUUUUAGUUGCACCCCCGAAUGUUGAAAUGUCAUCUGAAACUCAGUAAUAGCAAUGCCAAAGGUAUACAGUAUUUAAAGUCUUUGGUGCACAUUGCAUAAUAAGUUUUCUUACAUUCAGGUGCAUGGUAUAAAGCCAUGUAUGUGUUGGACUGGCCCUGAGUUUCAUGUAGAUGCCACCAAUGAGUCGUCAGGGUGGUUCAGGAAGGUGUAGACAUGACACCUCUUGUCACGAUAACCAUAACUCUUCUGCAAGUAGUUUUGCAAAUUGUUGAUGAAGAGCUUCCUUUAAUUAUGUGUAGAAAAUGAUUGUGUAUGGCCAUUGUUGUUGCCAUUAAUCAAAUGAUAUAAUACAUAAUCAGACCAUUUCUGUAUAACUAUGGUCCAAGAUGAGAAUCUGACCUCAAUUUAAAGCAAUAUUUGCAAAUGUGCUGCUACAUCAGUGAAUCUUGACCGAAAAGUACUGCAGAUCUUUCAAAGUUUAAAGCAACUGAAUCUGUACCACAAUACACCUGGUCUUAAAACGUGGUAUUCAUGUGAUUGUAUUUGUUUGAUUAUUUAGGGGUUGCAUUAUGUUUUGGCUCUUUCUACACUGGUGUAAAUGGUCAAGCAUAAAAAUGUUACAGCGUGUUCUUGUGUUUCUGUACUAGUCUCAUCUGGACUUCCUGGUUUUUAUCUGUUCCACCAUUUUACAUGUGUGCAGGAGAAGCCGGAAAGUACAAACUGGUACAAAAAUUAUUUAUGUCGAAAUGUAUGUUCAAAUACUGAGCACUGGAGCUUCUUUAACAUCUGUCAGACCCUGAGGUAUAACUGCCAUGUUAAUUGCAUCACCAAUGCCAACAAAAGUGCCUUCUAUGGGAUCACUAGGCCUUGAGCCAAAGACGAGCAACAGAGCCUUGAAAAAUAAUGAAUGGUUACUGCAAUAGGCCCAUUGCCUUCUCAAAAUUUACUGAUGAAUUUGUCAUUCCCAAUAAGUGAUAUUAUUAAUGUACAACCAGUUCAAAAAUUGCCAGAUGCCCUGUCAAAUAAGGCUGUUUUUCCCGUUGUAAACUUUUUUUUUUGUCUAGCUAGGACAUGUUUGUUAGCAAAGAUACACUCUGUACCAGUUUCAAGAUUGUAAUGUUCUUUUUCAUCAUUAAUUAUGCCCUUUAGCUGUAUAGACUGUUAAUGUUGGGUUAUUUUAGUAAAAAAACAAGAGUUUGGGGGGGCUUGGGAUCCAUGUGUCGGCAUAGAGCGUUAAUUAAAUUUUUUUGUGGAGAAAACUUGGUUUGCUUCUGUAUUGCCAAAUAUGUUUUAAAAAUGCUGUAUUUUCUUAAACGAAAAGUGUUACUGGAACUAAAAGAGGGGACAACAAGAAAGCAGCUCUAAUCAAGUGAAACGGUAAAGGGGUGGCAUUUUAAUUGUCAUUGUCACAUGGAAAUAACCUACCAUUAAAACAUUCCCUCUGAAA